CAACGGCCAUUUCCGCGACCAUUCAUUCCAGCGACCAUCCCAGAGACACUUCAAAGCUACGACCACGAAUCCCUCGCACGGGAGACGCGUUCCUCGCAUCUUUAUCAUCAGCUCUGUCGCUGAAUCCACAAGCCUGUCAUAGAACCGUCUAGCUGAGCACUGGACAUGUCGCGUUUCUCCCGUUGCAACCCUUCGCUUAAUCGUUUAGUGAGUAGGUGAAGGACGAGGAACAAUUACCGUCUACUUUUCCCCUUUUUCGUUUGAGACUUCCACUGGGGUUGGAAGGACGGCCAGAGACCGAGUAAGGGGACGCUAACGUUGAAUUCGUCGAUUAACUGAAGGCCAGAGGACCGAGUAAGAGGACCGCUAUCGUUGAUUUCUCGGUGUUUCGUUCGAAGACCUGUCCCUCAGCAGCGACCUGGAUGCAGCGGAUAGUGGAUCAUGCCGUAGGCGUCGCCAAGGAGUCUGUCAAAGCAGCAUCGCGCGAGGCGUUUCACAACACGGCCAACUUCGUCAACUCGGCGUCGGCGCUGGUCCUCGCGUGUCUGCCCAACAAGUCGCCCAUCACCGAGGGCCUCCAUGGCUCCUGGGACCUCCGCCCCACCUUCCGCUCCCCGCGCCUCCCCGCCUGGAUGGCGCAGGGUGGCUCCUCCCUGAACGCCUUUCUACACGAGUUCGUCGACACUAUAGACGAGUUCCACCUCGACUCCAGCUCCAACUACGGUAACGGGGACGACAGUAACGAGGACAGCGACGCGGAUAACGAGGAGGACGAUAACGAGGAUGACUCGGCGUCCAUGCACAGUGUCGGCAGCAGCAGCAGCAGCAGGGGGGGAGGGGCGGCAAGAAUACGAAGAAGAAGAACGAGCAUGGGUGCUGGUGUUGGACGGAACGCAGCUGCAUUUGACUCGCUUCCUAACAGCCCCCUUAGCCUCAGCAGCAGUAGCUUUGGCCGAAGUAGGUCUCCUAGUCCGUUUGCUAGGGAAAGGAGUGGAGUGGGGGAGCGGAGUGGGGUGGGGGGUGCUUCAGGGGGGUGGGGGAUUGGCGGGGUUUGGGGUUGGCUGUGGCGGUGGGUUGUGUUCUUCUUGUGGCCGCUGCUGUGGGUGUUUGGGUUCAGGGUAGCGGAUGGGCAUGGGAAGAAACACCAGCCCCACCAUCAGCACCAUGAGCACCAGCAGCACUCUCAGUAUCAGCAUCAGCAUCACCAGCAGCAGCAGCAGCAGCAGCGACACUUUAGGAGCCAUCAGCUCAACCAGCAGCCGUUGGAUGCUCAAGAUACAUCUGCUAGCAGCUUAAAUGGUGCCCUCAGUCACCAAUUGCCUCAUCCGUUCCCCUCCUCCUCCUCUCCCGCCUCAGCCCUUCCCCCUUCCUCCCCUUCCCAUCUCACGCCCAGCCUCUCUUCUGCCAGUGCUGACGCUGCUGCUGCUGCUGCUGCUGCUGCUGCUGCUGCUGCGGCCUCUUGUGAACGAGCAGCAGUGGCUGCAGAUGAAGCAGCACCGGAUAUGUACAAAGCUAGAGGGUCACUGAGCCGAGCCCACAGCAGCAGCGGCAGUGGCAGUGGCAGAAAGAGCAGGGACUGGGAGGGAGAAAGCAGUGCCGCUGCCCGAGCUAGUAGCGCUGCUGCUAGUGCUGGUGCUGCUGAUACUUCUGCUGCUACUCCUGCCACUCCUCCCAGUACUGAAUGUGGCCCACACAGUCCUGCAUGGAGCCCCUCGUCAAGUGCUGGCUUCCCCUCUCCCAGUCCUCAUUUCGGCCCGCACAGCCGCAGCAGCAGCUCCAGCAGCCUCUCGCGCCAGCUGUCGAUUGCGAGUGCGGAUCUCGGGCGGCGACUGGGCGACGUGUUCGAGUACAUGACGCAUCUCAACAUGAACCACCUGAAUGACUUCCGCAGGCACGGAGUGCUGGAGGAUCUGCAGCUGUUCUGGGAGCUCGUGAUCGAGCGCUUCUUUGACGCGCUGCGGUCGGCGAUUCUCUUCUUACUCUUCCCCUGGAGACUGCUCUCGUUUCUCUUCAACUCGCUGCUGCGCCUUCUGGGGCUGCCAGUCACCCCCUCGAGUGGCCUGUGGCCUUCACCUGAUCCUGCCACAUCUGCUGCUGGCGCUGCUGCUGCUGCUGGUAGUGGGGGUUGGGGUGCUGCUGCUGCUGCCGGUGCUAGCGCUGCUGGUGCUGGUGCUGGUGCUGCUGGUGCUGGUGCUGCUGGUGCUGGUGGUGUGGGCGCUCGUUGGGGUGCUGCAGCUUUUAGUGCGUCAGCAGCUGAUGUGGCGCCAGAAAGCAGGUCGGCGGCGGUGCACCUGUCGCAGCUGCAGAUGCAGCAGCAGGAGGAGCACGAGCGGCAGCAGCAGCAGAACGAGCAGCAGCAGGGGCAGAGCCGGUGGCAGCAGCAGCAGCGGCUGCGACAGGCUGAGUUGCUGCAUGGACCGAGGCUUAUGGACGCACGGACAUGUGAAGAUAUCAUUCGAGAUGCUGGCUACCCCUACGAGGCCAUCAAGGUGGUAACUGAGGACGGUUACGUGCUCACGCUGGAGCGAAUCCCGAGGAAGGACUCGUCGAGAGUGGUGUUUCUGCAGCACGGCAUUCUCGACAGCUCCAUCGGGUGGGUGUCCAAUGGUGUGGUGGGCUCGCAGGCCUUUGCAGCAUACGACCAAGGCUUUGACGUUUUUCUGGGCAACAUGCGGGGCUACGUCUCGAGGCAGCAUGUCGACCUGCGCAUUUCUGCUAGCAGGUACUGGCGCUACAGUGUGAACGAGCACGGCAUGUGUGACAUCAGAGCCAUGAUCGACUGCAUCCACCACACCAAGAUACGCGAUCUCGCCCCUCCCCCUCGCCCCUCUCUCGUCCCUCCUCCACCCUCACUCACUCCUCUACACUCACUCACUCCUCUCUCUCUGCACUCAGAUGAGCACCCAUACCCUCAGCAGCAGCAGCAGCAGCAGCAGCAGCAGCAGCAGCAAAGGCAGGAGCACCAUCAGUGGCGGCAGCCAAGCCCAUCCGCUGCAUUGGAUGCCCUAGGGCUUGUACAGAGCGAUGGUGCACUCCCUGUUAGUACCAACGGUUUCGAUGCAGGAGGAGCUAAUAGGAUGCCUGAGAACGGGUCACUAAGGGGUACAGAUUCUGGGUGGACACCUGGCAGCCAGACGAUGCAGGAUGGCGUGAUGACGUGGCAGCCAGGGUGGCACGAGGUGAGGCCAGCUCCCGUUUCGCUCAUAGACGCUUUGAGGGAGAGGAGAGAGGAGGGGAGGAGGGAGAAGGAGAAGAUUGAAGGAGCGAGACGAGACGAAGGAAGCAGGGGAGUAAGAGCGGAAACACCAGGUGAAGCUGCAGCAACAGCAGCAGCAGCAGCAGCAACAGCAGAAUCAACAUCAGCAGAGACACCACAGCCUCAGCAGCUGCCGCAGGGGGUCCCGUGGAGUGAGGAGCAACCGUACCACCUGCAGGCAGUGUCGCACAGCCUGGGCGGAGCAGCCAUGAUGAUCUACCUCGUGACGCAGCUCAUCAGGAAGCAGCCCCACCGCCUCUCCCGCCUCAUCCUCCUGUCCCCCGCUGGCUACCACGAGAAGACCCCUCUGCUCUUCGACGUCAUGCUGUUCCUCAUGCCGUACGUCGACUCCUGGCUCUCCCACUCGGUGCCAGCCGUCUACAUCCCCACGCAGGGCCUGCGCCUGCUCUUCAACAAGCUGGCACAGGACUUCCAGAACCUGCCUGCGCUCAGAUGUCUCGUGCAGGUUCUCAUAUCAAAUAUAUUGGUAGGGGGCGACUCAUCCGACUGGGUAGGGGCUUUACGGCAGCCGCACUACAACAUGUACAACAUGCCGGGCAUCGCCUACAACGUGAUGAAGCACCUGGCGCUCACCAAGCGCGAGAAGCGCUUCAUCAUGUUCGAUUACGGCUCACCCGCCGCCAACCUUGCAGCCUAUGGAACCACCGAACCCGUCGACAUCGGCGCGCACUACCACCUCAUCGACAUCCCUAUCGACGUUGUCUCCGGGCGGCGCGACCGUCUUAUUCCCCGGGAGAUGGUCCACUGGCAUUACAAAACCCUAAAAGCGGCCGGGCGGCAGGCGUCGUACCGGGAGUUUGAGUACGCGCACCUGGAUUUCACCUUUGCACAUAAGGAGGAGCUCCUGGCGUAUGUGAUGCGGAGGCUGAGGGUGGACCUGCCCAAGCUGCACCUAUCGCCGAACCUGCGGCCGAGCCUGUCGUCCCGCGUGGCGGAGUUUGAUAGGUCGAGGAGCUCCCCGGCCAUGGCUGGGAUGGCAGGGUUGGCAGUGGGAGGAGUGGAUGGGAGGGAGGAGAGGAGGCGAGAGAGGGAAGAGAGGAGGAGGACAGGAGGGGUUGGUGGUGGUGGUGGUGGUAAUGGUGGUGGUGAUGAUAAUGGUGGGAAUGGUGGUGGAAAGGGAGGGGGAGGGUGGGGGUAUAGGACAGGGAGGAGCAGAGGCCGAGGGACUAGGGAGGGGAGGGAAGGGAGGGUAGACAGAGGAAUCACAGCUGCAGCUGCAGCUGCUGCUGCUGUUGCUGCUGCUGCUGCUGCUGCUGCUGUGGCUGGUACUGCUGCUAGUGUGGGAGGCAUCGAUGCUGCUGCUGGUGGUCUUCAGGGUGCAGCCUCUACACGCAGGCCUGUAGCAGGCAGUAGGACAGGCCUGAUGGUUACACCCGUUGCCCUGGUAACAUCCGAUCCCUUGGUUCGGCGGUGUGAGUCGGCCAUUUUCUCGCCCCUGGGUGCUUCUGUGGAUGACUCGCCCUCCCCAACCCCUCAUGGGCAGCUCUCGUUUGCUGGAUGGCGAUGCGGGGCGGAUGGCCCCACUGAUGCUGCAUAAGGUACUGAAGCGUGCACAUACACGUGUGCUUGUAUGUUGUGGCAUCCGACCCCUUGGUUCAGGGGUGUGAAUCGGCCAUUCUCUCCCCUCUGAAUGUUUGUAAAUGACACUCCCCCUGGCUCUGAAGGACUCCUGUUUCCUGUUGGAGGGUACAUUCCUACGACCUACGGCAGUUAGGCCUUUCGUCUGUUUGCACGUUUUUUCCGAGCCGCGUGGCAGUUCGCCCCAACCUCUUCGCAAAUUGCAUAUUGCAUGUGCGACUCCUUGCGACCCUCCUCCACAUCCAGAUGGCACAAUCGGAAUGGACUGCUGUGUAUGUGCACAUUCCGUUAAUCGAACAUGCCUUUUGCACAAUUUUUGAAAAUCGAAACUGGCUGAC